GCGACGCAAAUCCCCACAACCCACAAAAAUUUUCUGAAGCGACGACUUCUCACCUCAGUCGAAUAAACAGAAUUGAGAUCCUCUUGUACAGUAACAACUGCACGUAAGAGGACCCAUCACCAGCACUCGCCGCUCAGGAGCGGGACGCCCUCUCUUCUUCUUCUUCUCCUUCUCUCUCUAUCAUAUCAAAUGUUAAUGGCUGAUAAAAGAGCCAGUUCAUUUUGAAUUUUUGAGUAACGUUUUAGCUAUCAGGAAAUCCCACUUCUUUCCGGAACCAAAAUUAGAGAGGGAUGGCGAUUGGGAUAAAGGCGGUGCCUUUUGCUGUGGUAGCCCAAGUUCUCGGGGUUGCGGGGAUUAUUAUGGUGCUGAUAUGGAACAUAAGCUUCAGGGGUGGAUUAGCUUGGGAAUCCGCCAACAAGAGUCUCAUCUUCAAUAUUCAUCCUGUUCUCAUGCUCCUUGGCUUGAUUGUAAUUGGGGGUGAAGCCAUUAUUACUUAUAAAACUCUUCCCUUGAGGAAGGAACUGAAGAAAUUGAUACAUCUAGUCUUGCAUGCUAUUGCCCUCAUACUUGGUAUCAUCGGGAUAUACACGGCAUUCAAGUUUCAUAACGAGAGCAAUAUUGCCAAUUUGUAUAGUUUACAUUCUUGGCUUGGAAUUGGGAUUAUUGUUCUCUAUGGCAUCCAGUGGAUUUAUGGUUUCCUGGUGUUCUUCUACCCCGGUGGCUCAUCAGAAAUCAGGCACGAAUCACUUCCAUGGCACGUGGUGUUUGGGCUGUUUGUGUACAUCUUGGCAGUUGGGAAUGCCUCACUAGGGUACCUUGAGAAGCUUACAUUCCUUGAGAACUCAGGCCUAGAGAAAUAUGGGGCUGAAGCAUUCCUGGUCAACUUCACGGCCCUUGUCACGAUAUUGUUUGGGACCUUCGUUGUCUUGACCGUCUUCUCUAAGCCUGUUGCAGAGGAUGAAUAUAGCUACUCGGCCAUAAACUAGAUGUAGUAUCACCGUCACUUGGUAGCUGUAUGCUUUGACGUCUAGCGUGUACUAUCAUUUCGGGCCCGUCUUCUGUUGUUGUUUGUUGUUGUUUGUGGUAUUGGCGAAGCAGAAUAGAUGUGGUACAUCACAAAUAUGGUGCCUCGAAAUAAACCAGGAUGAGGAUUGGUAGGGGACGAUUCUAAUGGGAAAUUGCAUAAGUUGUACCGUUGGUUGUACUAUGUAUUAUGUGACUGAAGUGCACUAAUCUUUUCACGCGGGCUGUGGGCUUCCCCUCUA